UCUUCCCAACGUCUCUCUUUAACUGUCUCUCUCUCUCUUUUUGCCUAUCUCUCUUUUGUCCCUACCUGUCUCUCUAUCCUUCCUGCCUCUCUCUCGCUCUCUCCCUACUUGCCUCACUCUAGCUAUCUGUUUCACUCCCUACCUGUCUCUCUCUCCCUGCAUGUCCUUGUGUUGCAGACUGAAUAUAUGUAAACGUAGCUGCAGAGUCGCUGAGGAGAGAGAGAGAAAUGGGGGGGUGGGGUGGGGGGGUUUGUCGGAGGAGACGAGAAUAAAGAGAGAUCUGAGCAUCGCAGCUGCAGGAGAGGGAAGAAGAGGAGAUGGAGCGACAGCCGCUGUGAGGACAAAUCCUUCUGACACGUUCACGGCUUCUGUUGUGCUGUGUUGAUUUUAUUGUGGUUUUCGGUUUAGUCUUGUCGGUUGUGCUGUGGUGUUCGUGCUUUGUGUAUGUGUUGAUUGCAAACGGAUCAGAACUGACCAUUCAGAACCCGUGAGCAGGGCUCAGUGCUGAUUUAUAUUGACUAGCAUGAAUCUGUAUUCAUCCGUAUUGAUCAGAAUGUGUGUUUUUGUGGAAGCAGCACAGACAAACAAUCAUUGGAAUGUGUGGAAGAGCUGCAGAGCAUGCUGGGAGACGUAGUGCAUUGCCUGGAUACGACAGGAAGUGAGUGAUCCAGGUGAGGUGCAGGCAGCGAGGCUUAGCCCACUGAGCCGUCGUCUUAUUGGAGGGCGGUGAUGAUAGCGACAGGCGGCCUCUUGAGAAUUAAUGCCCGGCGCCAGGACUCCCUGAGGUCCAAACCACACAAACCGCAGACACACAAGAGGAAGACCAAAAAGAAGAGGAGGAGCGAGGUUGUAGUGGUGAAGGGGAAGUUAAAGCUAUGUUCGGUCUCGGGUCUGGUGGCUGCCCUCGGGAUCCUGGUGCUGGUUGUGGGAGUGGUGAUGGCAGCUCUGGGUUAUUGGCCUAGAGAUGGAUUGUUCUUCAGCUCUCAGCCACAGGAGGGCACUGCAAUGGCAUCAGUGUCCUCCAUCAGCUCUAUGACCUCACCUGCCGAUGCUCAGGAAGGAGGGAGGAAUGAGGAUCAAGGUGAAGGAGAUCACAGAAAUGAAGCAAAUGAAGGAGGAGAUGAGAGUUUCACCUCCAACGUCAAUGGGACCCGGAAAGGUCCACAAAGCUUCCUGCAGGAUUUUCUGGACAGGUACCUCUACUCUGAUAGGCUGAAGGUCUUCGGCCCUCUCAUCAUGGGGAUCGGUAUUUUCCUCUUCAUCUGUGCAAAUGCUGUGCUUCACGAGAAUCGUGACAAGAAGACGAAGGUCAUCAACCUGCGGGACAUCUACUCCACUGUCAUUGACCUUCACGGCCUCCGCAAACCCCACGCUCCCUCCUCAGCCAAUCCCCUUAAUGGCCUUGUCAACUACGUCCAAUCAAAAAGCCUGGAGACCAAACCUAAGGCGUACCCCGCGUCGCUGAUGAGCAGGAGGGAGGGAGGGACAGAGGGGGAGUGGUCAAGGCAACCAUCACCUGGCAGCAGCAGAGGUGGAGGUGAGGCCGUGUACAGUAUUUGCACGGAUGCCACCUCCCACAGACUGUCCCUGCCUCCACGUUUCAGCCCCCCUCCCCCAUCUUUGCCAACGGUGACCCUCAACUCCUUCACUUUACCCCUGUGCCGCCCACGACCCGCCGCCCCCCGCAGGAGGCACUCUGCUUGGGCUGAGGGGGUGUCUGCUGGAGGUGGGGAGGGGUCGGCAGACACAGACAAGAACACAUGUCCACCCCCGCCGCUGUGCUUUUCUGCCUCACCCGCAGCCAGAGCCCUGCAGGAGUUGCCCUCAGCGGCAUCCUCCUCCUCCCCCAGCCUCUCCCAGACCCUGCUUCUCCUGUCCUGCUCCUCCCUCACCCCCUCCCACCUCUCUCUCUCAUCCCUGUCUCACCUCCUGUCCUCAUCUUCGCCCAUGCCAGCCCCCCCAUGUCGGAGGCGCAGUUUGCCGACCGGAGGCGGUGUCUCCGGUUACAGCAAACUGAUGAGCAGGGAGGACGAAUCGUUUGAGUCAAAUGAGAUGAUGUCAUCAUGCUCUGUGACAUCACAAGGAAGGGACAAACGGAGGAUGAUCUCUCAGGUAGAGACAGGCUGACCAUUCCAGGAGCUGAUUCUGUGAAUGACGGGAUUAGCGCUUAAGACUUAGGAUCACAAACAGGUUCUGGGGACCUGGUGGUGAACCUACAGCAAUAAGGAGUCUUCCAACACCGGACUCGAUGGACGGACUCUCCUGCUUCCUACAGACCCACCUGAUGAGUUCACUGUUAAUGUGGAGCUGUGACUGUGUCUCGUCCCGGCUUAGUGGAGGUGAUGUGGUGCGGCUGAGAGGACACUGGAUGUUAAACCCAUGGAUUCAUGAAACUCAGUGAAUCAUCAGUGUGGGAAACAUUCAACUGCAGUUUAUCCUGUGCAUUCAGCACUGAUGCUGCAUUUACUGGGUAACAGUGAUAAAUACUAACUCUGCAACACACGCACAGAUAUGAUCAGGAUCAGAACCAGUGCAUCCCUAUUCAUUACAAUCUUCUGUGCUCUGUCAAUGAAUGCAUUUAUCUGCUGAGGUCCAUACAAAUAUGCAUUAACGACCUCAGUAGCUCAGGGUCCAAUUGCUAGUUCUGCAUGUUUCAGCCAAACCUCUAGCUUUUUUACCUCCAGGGUAAAAAGGGCCCGGACCCUGAGGGCCCCCAGGUUCAUCCAGCAGCACUGAUUCUGUCAUUUGAUUGCAUGAGUCCUGGGUUUCGUAGUGUUUGGGCUAUCUCAGACAGAGUUGGGUUCAGUCAGGUCCUGCUCAUCUUCAGUAAAUCUUAAUAAAGCACAAUUCGACCUUUGUUUUCAA